AUGGCUGAGAAAAUUGCUCUUUUAGAAGGUUUCCUGAACUGCCAUAUGUGCACAGAGACUUUCAGAGAUCUUGUGUCUCUGAGCUGCAGCCACAGCUUCUGUUCAAGGUGUCUGCAGAAAUUCUGGGAACAAGCUAAAAACACGAACUGUCCCAUUUGUAAAAUAAAACCUUCAAAAGAAGAUCCUGGGGUGAACUUCACACUGAAGGAACUAGCUGACUCAUUUGCUGGGAGACUGAAAGCUGGAUCAUCUGAGACAGAAAAAGGAGAAAAGAAGGUGGAGGUGGUGUGUAGCAAACAUCAAGAAAAGCCUACAUUGUUUUGUGAGGAUGAACAGAGAGCUGUGUGUCCUGGCUGUGAGGUUUCUCUCCACCACGGUCACAAUGUGGUUCCUGUAGAAGAAGUAGUCAGUGACUUGAAGGACCAGCUGACAUUUGAUUUAGAGUCUUUAAUGGACAAGAGGGACAAAUAUGAAGAAGUGGAGGAUACAUACAUCGAAAUGAUUCAACACUCCAAGAAGCAGCUGUUGUCCACAAAGAAGCAGAUCAGAGCAGAGUUCAACAAGCUCCACCAGUUCCUAGAAGAGGAAGAGGAGUCCAGACUGGCAGCUCUGAAGGAGGAAGGGAAGCAGAAGGGGAAGACUAUGAGCAGAGAGAUGAAGAAGAUUCAGGAGCAGAUCUCCUCUCUGUCAGACAGUAUCUCUGCUGUUGAAGAAGACCUUCAGAAAGACAACAUGUCAUUCCUCAGCAUUUAUAAAGCCACUCAGACCAGAGCCAGAGCCCAGAGCUCACUGUCAGAUCCACAGCUGGUCUCAGGAGCGCUGAUAGAUGAGGCCAAACACCUGGGCAACCUGUCCUUCAGAGUCUGGGAGAAGAUGAAGGAGAAGGUCCACUUCAGUCCUGUCAUUCUGGACCCAAACACUGCCAGCCGAUGGCUCUUUAUGUCCAAUGAUCUGACCAGUGUGAGCGAUAGAGAAAUUAAGCAGCAGCUCCCUGCUAAUCCAGAGAGACACAUUAAUUAUUCCAAUGUUCUGGGCUCUGAGGGCUUCAGCUCAGGGAAACACAGCUUUGAGGUGGAAGUGGGAGACCAUCCUAGCUGGAAUGUGGGUUUGGCUAAAGAGUCCGUUUCCAGGAGGGGAAAGCGAUUUGCUACGCCUGCCUAUGGAAUCUGGUGUUUCACGUAUCGCAGAGGAGAAUACACUGAUGUUGCUGGUGAGACUGUUACAGUGAAGAAGAGUCUCCAGAGGAUCAGAGUCCAGCUGGACUUUGAAAGGGGGGAGGUGUCCUUCUACGACCCUGAAGACGAGACUUGUAUCUACACUCACAGUGAACCCUUUACGGAGAAACUCUUCCCUUAUUUUAAUGUUGGACCAUCUGGUGAUGCUAAAACCACUGAUAUCAAAAUCUGUCAAACUGCAAUUUCUCUGUGA